AUUUAAUUCCCUUCGAGCAAUGAGCCGCAACAUGCAGAGGGACACGGGGGGCAACAGAACGGUGGAAGGUGUAGCCGAAACAGGGACAGGCCGGAGCAGCGAUGCGAGGGCCUCAGGUCUGAUAGGUGCAAGCCUAAGAGAUGCGGAAUGUCCCCUUAGUACGAUGAGGGAUUUGGAGGAACAUGCAACCCCGUUGUCCAGGGCACCGGCUGUUAGCAAGAACAUGGAUUCCUCGGCGCCAAACCAGGGACUGCCUCUUCAACUCCAGCAUUUACACAGUGACACGCCGGCGGUAGAAACCGUCGACGGGAGCAACGCUGAGCCGUCCAUACCAGCUCUGUCUGCAGCACUGCUUGCCGACGACCGGUACGAUAUGUCUCACUGUCGGCGCGGGAGAGCGGUGCUCAUCAACAACGCCAACUUCGAGGAGGAUACUGACAUGCCCAGGCGCCUGAGCACGCAGAAAGAUGUAGAUGGGUUGAGGACGGCGCUGCAGGACAUGGGAUUCUCGGUUAAAGUCUUCGAAGACCAGACAUGUGCACAAAUCAAGCGAGAGGUGCACGCUCUUAGCAAGGAGGAUCACAGCGACGCCGACUGCCUUCUCAUCGCUAUCAUGUCACACGGUGAUGAUGGUGAGAUAUACGGCACGGAUGGACCCAUGCCAACCCGAGAAAUCACUACACCGUUCCGUGGAGACGCCUGCCGGAGUUUGAUCGGCAAACCGAAGCUUUUCAUUUUCCAGGCAUGUCGAGGAGUGAUGGUGGAUCAGGGCGUAGCUAUGGAUCGCCACGACGUGGAUGAACCGGACGCACUGAUUGGCUACGAGAGUGCCAGAACUAUUCCAACAGAGGCCGACUUUCUCCUGGCAUAUUCCUCUCCUAAAGGCUAUGCGUCUUGGCGCAACGCCACAAGCGGUGCCUGGUUCAUCCAAUCCCUCGUCCAGGCAAUGGAGGCCUACGGCCAUAGCUGGGAGCUGACCAGACUCCUGACCCUCGUCAACCGCAUGGUGGCGCUACAGUACGAGUCCCUAUCGGAGAACGUGUUCAUGACGAGAAAGAAGCAGAUGCCGUGCUUCGUGUCAACGCUGACCAAAGAACUGUUCUUCAGACCAAAGAGCGCAAAAGAGAUGUCGAACUAAUUAAUAAAGAAUUCCAGUACCAAUAACUACCAUUUUACAAGUUUCAGAACGAACCCCGGACAAGAUGUAGCCAUGAAUCUCACAUCACACGGCAAAUGGGUUGAUAGCUAGUACAUGAAAUGUAUUCGAGGGAAAUUAUUCUGCAUAUAAUAUUGUACGGGUACGCCUUGUUUAUGACUAAAGUUAACGAGCUACAGUAAUCAUCUACUGGACGUCAUGCCAUCAUGCAAGUACGGGAGACGUAUCGACCUGUCAAAACUUUGCAAAUUACAUUUUAUAAAAACUUAUCAUCACUCUUGAAAAGCCGGAGUUCAUUACCAUUGGUGACUCGGACGAAGCAAUAUUUCCGUCACCCACAUCAUUUCUAAUGGCCCGAUAUAUGGAAAUUGGGGUACCAAGGACAUAUAAUAUACAAGUUUACGACUAGAUGUACGAAACUAUUUAUGGCCAUCCUGUGUUUUAUGCGUUAGCAACGAGGAUUAACAUAGGUAUACAGAAAGAAAAUUAUCAUGAGACAAAUUCUGUCUGCACGAUUUAAUACGCCUAUGGUACCUGCAUGCUGAAUAACAAAUGGUUACAAAACUCCUGCGCUUAAACAAAAACGCCGUGACGGAACAGCCCGUCAUGUACGGCGUAGGAAUGAUGUAUGCAAACCUAUACCAAUCAAAAUUGACUACAUUACUGUUUUCUGCAGCAUAAUCAUGACCUUGCUAGAAUGAGCAAACAUAGGUUCCACCACCCUGCUUUGGCGGGUAUACCAGCAGAACUUCCAAGCUUGCUUACGGAUUUGUUUUCGGUGUGACUGCGAGGGAAUGCAGUUGUUAUGUUUAAGCAUCUCCGAGAAUGACCUACCUUGUGAAGGAAUCGUAACUCGAUAACUGUCGUUUCUUUGCCGAGCCGAAACGUUUGGU